AUGUUCGCAGUUCCUUUCACAAAUGCGACAAAGGCUGAAUUAUGGAAGAAGUUGAAAUUGCUAUGGCUCGUCGAAGCUUUCGACGAGUUGAAGCCAAGCAGCAUCAAGGGCUGCAUUCACAAGGCCGACCGGCAGCUCGAGAGGCUGGCCCAGUACAUCAAGGACCAAGAGGACAAAACGACGACGACAGCGACAGCGAUGUCAGUAGCGAUAACAGUGAUGACUCCAGUGGCAUCUGCAUCUGAUUAG